UGACAUUGAAAAAACGAACUUCACUCAAAUUGAAGGUCACGUGGUAUGACUUUCCAGAAAGUUGGGGGAUUCGAAAUUUUUGGCUGGUCGGUUGCCGGAAACGAGACCUGUGUUGCUGUACGUAAGAAUGGUCAAGUAUUCGGUUUCGAUGUUGGAUUUUCACCUAGAUCACUCGUUUUUGCCGAUCAUAUAUUUAUUAGUCAUGGACAUGCAGAUCAUAUUGGAGCUAUUGCUCAGCAUAUGAAAAAGAGGGCCUUAAAUAAUCUAAGAAGAGCGACAUAUUUCAUGCCAAAGCAUCUAGUCCCACAUGUGAAGACUAUUUGCGAUGCUUUCACUGCUAUGUCUGAAAAAGCUGACUCAGACUUUGUUGGUACUUUUGUUCCCGUUGAACCAGGAAAUAAAUAUGAGUUAUCGAAUAAUUGGCAUGCUGUUGUUUUUUCAACUGAUCACUCGAUUACUAGUGUGGGUUAUUUACUUUAUUCUCGAGAUCCCACUGGCAAAGAAGUUCCGGAAAUAGCUUAUUUAGCAAACUCGUUCUUAUUCAAUUAUAUCCACAAUACUGCUGAUAGCAAUGUGAUUCUAGAUUUACUGUUAUUCGUGAAGCGAAUUCACUCUGCCCAGAUCUUUUAUCAUCUCGCUUAUUGAUAAUGGAGGCAACAUAUUUAGAUAAUCCAGAUCGUAAGAUUGAAAGCGCUAGAAGUCAUGGUCAUACGCAUUUGGAUGAAAUUCGUCAGAAUGCUUCUUUGCUAAAGUCUGUUGAUUAUAUCUAUCUAAUACACUUCUCAGAUCGUUACGGUUAUAAUGAUAUCAUUCGUCUUUGUCACAAAGAUAUGCCUGAUUGGUUAAUCAAUCGUAUUAUACCAUCUGUAACAGCUAAACAUUGUCUUGAAAAUAGAUGAUAUUUACAUUAAUAUUUCUUUUCUAUAGAUUUUUGUAAAGUUUAUGUAGUUUGGAUAAUUUACUGAUAAAAUAAAGAGAAGAGUUUUGAUUGUUUU